UCAUUAUUUAAGUAUAUUAAUUGAUUACAUAAGUUGUUUUCACAAAUUUUCAAAGUUUACACCUCGAAAACCGUUUGAGUCUUUAUUGCAACAUUGGGCCAUAACCUAGAAAACUCUCGAUUCCGCAUUGUGUCUUUAAUGCAACAGUGGGCCAAAACCUGAAAAUCUGUUAGUAUAUUUUUUGCAACAUUGGGCCAUAAUGGCUGGGUAUAAACUUAGUUUUCAAGGUACAUAUUUGUUUCCAAAUAAGCAUAAUUCAUUACAAAAGAGUCUCGAAGAUUUAUGCUAUUGUAAAACUAAAAACCUAUAUUUGUAAUUAGAGAUGAAUCGAUCAAGGAGGGAUCCUCGUCCUCCGGUUUAUCUCACGAGUGAAGAAAUAGAGGAAUGCUGUAUGCUGCCACCUGAUUCGAGUGACGAUGAUAGUGCAGACGACAGUGACGUCGACCCAGAUUACGACCCAGACCUUGCCCACACAAACCGACUGGAAAGAUUUAUGCAAUCUAAAUACAAUAAUGACGAAGAAAUGAACUCCGAAGAAGACAACUUAGCAGAAAUUCGAAAUGAAACCUCAAGUCAAGCAGAAGAGGAAGAACCGUCUACUUCUACGCAGGCACCAAGGAAGACCAACAAAGAUAAGCCUCCACCCCCACUUUGGACAAAUGUGGAUGCUGCCGAAAGUGUAAGAGAGCCUGUUAUCUGGAAAGACACACUUCCUGAAAGUACUGUGCGUGCCUCUCCUAUAGAAUACUUUAAAGAAUUUUUUGACAACUCAAUUCUUGAUAGAAUUGUAGAUCAGUCAAAUUUAUUUGCAAUUCAAAAAAAUCCUAACAAGCCAUUGAACUUGAACAGGAAUGAACUCGAACAAUAUAUUGGUAUUUGUUUUGCAAUGUCAAUUUUUGGCCUUCCCAGGGCAAGGAUGUAUUGGGCAAGUUUGACAAGAGUCCCAAAAGUAGCAGAUGUUAUGGGUCGAAAUCGUUGGAUUGAAAUAAAAAAUAACUUGCAUUUGAAUGACAACACGAACUACAAUCCAAAUGAUCCUGAGCGUGACAGACUUUACAAAAUUCGUCCCAUGGUUGAUCAUUUAAAGGAAAAAUUCAAAAUGAUUUCCAAGGAACAGCACUUAUGUGUUGAUGAACAGAUUGUUCCUUAUAAGGGGAACUCAAAACUUCGACAAUACAAUCCAAAAAAACCUAAAAAAUGGGGUUAUAAAAUCUUUGCUUUGUGUGAUACAAAAGGACUUGUAUAUAACUUUGAAAUUUACUGUGGGAAAAUUCAGCCAGUUCCUGGUUUUCCUGAUCUUGGGGCGAGCUCAAAUAUAGUUCUGAAAAUGGCCAACACCAUUCCAAGGGAGAAAGAUUACCUACUUUUCUUUGACAACUGGUUUUCUUCAUUGCCACUGUUUUUUGAACUUUCUAAGCUAGGCAUUGGUGGAUUAUCUACCAUAAGGACUGGUCGGUUUCCGGGAUUAAACUUUCCCAAAGAUAAAGAAAUGAAAGCACAAGGAAGAGGAUCAUUUGAAGAAAAGAAACAUGAAAAAGAUGACAUUGAGGUGAGAGCAAUCAAAUGGUUUGACAACAGAGGAGUAACCUUAGUUUCGACUUUUGAAAGUGCGCUUCCAUUGACAGAAGUUAAGAGAUAUGAUAGAAAAUCAUCAAAGGAAAUUUUUGUUCCAUGCCCGAAAGCUGUAGUAACUUACAACAAAUUUAAGGGAGGUGUAGACCUCUUGGAUGGCUUGAUUGCAUACUACAGAAUAAAAAUAAAAUCCAAGAAAUGGUACCUAAAGUUUUUAUUCCACUUCAUGGAUCUCACACUCGUAAACUCAUGGCUUGUUUACCGAAGAAGUUGCAAAGAGCAAAAAUUAACUAAAAAAGACAUAAUGGACUUAUUGGAUUUCAAAUCAAGUGUGGCCGAGAGUCUUCUAAAACAAAGGAAGAACACAGAAAAGAAAAGAGGAAGACCAUCUGCAGAUCAGAUUGAUAUGCAAUACAAUCUAAAGAAGAAACGUGGCCCAGCCAAACCAAUUCCAGAGCCCACUACUAGAAGAGAUGAGACAUCACACUGGCCUCAAAUCACAGAGGACCGACAACGUUGCAAAAACCCACAAUGCAAAGGAAUAACUGUGGUGAAGUGCAUCAAGUGCAGUGUUCAUCUCUGCUUGACAAAAGCUCGCAAUUGCUUCACCGCAUUUCACACAUGAGCUUAACCAUAUCUGGUUUAUGCCUAAACUUAUUUUAUUAUGUUUGUGUACUCUACUAGAGUGUUUUUAUUAGCAAGUUUCUAAAAACUGUUAAUAUAUUACCCUGACAAUGAAAACUUUCAUGUAAAUAAACAUUAUUCUAUUAUAACCCACUGUUUCAUUUUUGUUACAUACCCAUUUUGAGCUUAUUUUACAUUAUGCCCAAUGUUGCUAAUUUGCAACAAACCUUAAACAACCCCUAAAUAUACAAAUAAAAAUUUAAAAAAAAUA